GAUCUCUCUUCUUUUCCGUGUGUAGCAACUGCCUGAGCCAACCAACAUGGCAAUUGAAAACCGAGGGCCGGAGCUCCUUGGAGUCAACAUUGCGUUUGUGAUUACAGCUGUUUUUGCAUGCGCGUUGAGAUGUUGGGUCCGCAUUCACAUGGUGAAGGCGUUUGGGCGAGACGACUGGCUAAUGGUGUUUGCAACAAUCUUCUUCAUCAUGUACGCUACCUCGUCCAACCUGGGAGUCAAAUACGGAACUGGCCGCCAUCGGGCUGAUUUGACUACCGAAGGUUACCAGAACGGCAGGCAUUGCUGGUUCUUUUGUUACCUUUUGUACGCAGCCUCAAUGAUGUGCUCGAAACUCUCAAUCGGCUUCCUACUCCUGCGGAUUAGCGUUACCAAGAUUCACACCUGGAUUCUCUACCUGGCCAUGCUCAUCUCCGUGGUUGCCGGCGGAGUCUUCUUCUUCGUCUGCCUCUUCCAGUGCUCCCCUGUCUCGUACAUGUGGGACAGGACCUCUCAGUCUGGACGCUGCGUCAACGAUACGCUCAUCGCCGUCCUCGCCUACAUAUACAGUGCGUUCAGCAUCGUUUCGGACUUCACCUUUGCGAUCAUCCCGGCUUUCCUCGUCUGGCAUUUGCAACUGAAAAGGAGGGCCAAGGUCGCUCUUAUCCCACUCAUCACCAUGGGUUGCGUCGCAAGUGCUGCAGUCGUUGCACGCCUGCCCUUCCUAAAAGAUUUCAACUCACCAGACUUUCUUUGGGCUACAAUCGAUAUCGCCAUCUGGUCCACAGUUGAGCAGGGUCUGGCCAUUACGGCGGGCAGCCUCGCAACACUACGUCCCCUGUUCUUUAUCGCCAUGCAGAGACUUGGUCUCAACACCCGCCCUACUGGAAAACGCCCCUCAGCCUACGGCAUGUCCGUACCACUUACCCCCAAUGCCAUACCAAGCAGUAGCCAGCGCCCAUACGACAAACUCCGUCCAGACACAUAUAAGCCGGGCACCACCGUACAAACAACACAAGGGUCGGACGAGAAGGGAGUCCUCCAGCACGAUGAGUUCUCCAAGUCGCCGCAGUGGUUUACGACGGUGGAGAGGAAGGAACCCGAUAACGAGAGCGAGCAAAAUUUGAAAAACAAGAGCCCGAGAAACAGCGAGGAAGAUGGGAUGCAUAUUAUGGUGUCGAGGACGUUCCAUAUCAUGGACGAAGAGCGCGGGUCACCGGGCCCGCAUGGUGUUCCUUAUCGAUGA